CUAAUCCAAGGUGCCCGCUUCGAGAUUCUCGCGAGAUUUUGUUGCUAGACAUGGACGACGUAUACAAAAUUUGAAUGUUUACGAUUGCGUCUACUGGAUAUUUCUCAUAGUCUGCGUUGUAUUUAUUUACCAUCAUUUUAAGGUGUUCCCUUAAUUAUUGAAGGAAAAAAUGGAUGAUGACUAUGGACAGAUGUUCGGAGGAGAGGAUUUCAUGGGAGACAUCGGCCUGGAAGAUGAAGCCAUUUUGGAUUAUGAUGAUGGAGAUGAUAAUCUGGACCUAGGAUCUGAUGAAGAGGAAGAAAUUGAAUCUUUUGUUGGUGAUAGAGAUUAUGAUGAGAAAACUCUUGAGCCCACCAUAUCCAAACAAGAACAACUUCGAAUGAUUCACUUGAGGAGUCAUUUAAACCAAUUGACAGAAAAAGUGAAGCAUCACCAAUAUCUCACAGAGAAGACAAGAGAAGAGCAGAAGCAAUGUAGAAACCGUAUGUCUCAACUAGAGACUGAAAGAGAUCAGGUCUUCAAAGAAAUUCAAGGAGCAGAAUCCGAUAAAAAUACAUCAGCUCUGUAUAGACUCAGAGCACGACAUGAAAGAGUUUGCCAGGAACUGGAAAAUGAGCACAAACUUGAGAAAAUGAUAGCAGAUCGACUAGAGGAAGAGGAGUAUGAGCUUGCAAAAGUUGAAGUGGAGAGAGGAAAAUUUCUGCUGGCAGAGGAUGACCUGAUUAAGCAGGAACAGCAGCUGGCUAAGGAAAAAACAGACAUGGCCCUGCAGCGACUGCGCAAAGAAGAAAUGAAAGCUAAACGAGCGAUCAGACAGCAUGCCAAGAGACAGAAAGACUAUCAAACUGCUUUGGAGGAUCAGAAGAGAAGACAACAGAUGACUGUAGAUGAUGCAGAAAGAAGUCAUGCAAAGCACAGCAAAUUCCUCAAUCAGACAAUGGAAAAGAUGCAAAAACGACAUGAAGAGGAGAAUGCAAGAUACAAAGAGAACAUGAGAAAAAAGAUGGAAAUGCUUCUGAAAUUAAAAGGAGACAUUACUGCAAACAGGGAGAAUCUGAAAGCCCUACAUGCCAGAGACCAGGCUGCCAACAAAGAGGCCAAACAGAGAGAGGAGGAAGAACGGCAGAGAAUUCUCCAAGAAGGAGGUAACCCAGACGAGAUUCUCCUCAUCCGAAAGAGGAUUGAGGAGUUUGAACGUCAGAAAACUGAGUUUGAAAAUGAGAAGAGGCAAAAACAAGCAACAAUCAUGGAUAAAAUUCUUGUUGAGGAAGACAGACUGAAGAAAAGAAAGAAGCAACAACCUCAUUUGUGGACAGAUCCCAAAUCAGACAAGUCCAAGAUUGUUGGACCCCAGAAAAAGAAACCUCUGAAGAUUUUUCGAGAGCUGACGGAUUCCUCCAUUUUUGAUGAAAUAAUGAAAGAAAACACAUACAUUAUAAAUGGACCAGAGGAGCAGACCACACAGAGAGACGGACAGGAACCUGGUAAAACUGACACCGCCCGUGAGGACAGAAAGAUCUCUCCCCUCCCUGUAGACUCUAGUGAUUCCAGUGAUGCUGAGUUUGAAGAAGAAGAAAAGGUUAAUCUAGCAGUACCUGAGUUUGAGGGAUUAUGGGACCAACACAAGCCUUACAAAGUCCCAAAGGACACAGAAUCCACUCUAAAACUUCCAAAUGGAAGCAAAAUGGAGAAGGAAAUUUUGGAGAAAGUGUUGGAUAAACAUCGUCAAGGAAUCGUUGUCAAACAAGUGGCUGCUGGAAGAGAAUUCCAGGGCUGUCCCUUCUACAGCAAGCCUGAUGUCAUUCACUUUAAGGAUUUUGAAGUAGGAAAGACAUACAAGAAGAAAGUGACCUUGACAAAUGUUUCUUAUACAGUGAAUUAUUGCAAGUACAUAAACAUUACUGAGAUGUUGAAGGACUUCAUAGAGAUCCAAUUUGACCCACCUGGGCAAAUGUCAGCCGGUUUAACAUGUGAAAUGAUGGUGACUUUUAAACCUAUGAUCAAUGAGGAUUUAUUUGGAGAAGUGAAAUUCCUGUCACAGACUGGGCCAUUCGCUAUUCCUCUUCAAUGUACCACAAAGAAAUGUGAUCUAUCAACAGACACAUGCCGUAUAGACUUUGGGACCACAGUGAUUGGAGAGACCUUGAAGAGGACAUUCACCCUGACUAACAAGGGAGCACUGGGGACAAAGUUUGAGUUCUUCAAGGUCACAGGUCAGAAGGAAAGGACAGUGACCACAGCUGCCACUUCUCUUGGAGGUCUGACAACAGCAGAUACAAUUAGGGCAUUUAGUCCUGAUUCUACAUCAGUGGUGGCCAAAAAAGAUGUGACAAAUUCCCUUGAAAAGACAGAUGAGAAAAAGACUACUGAAGAUGCAGACAAGGCCAGCAUGGGAGGGGUGGGGACCUCUGAUGAGCAGAAUGGUACCCAGGCAGCUGGGGAGGGGCUCAGCAUGGCUGGGGAUGGAGAUCAAGGGGAGGAGGAGCAACCCUUACAAGACUCCCCCGAUCUUGCGGUCAGUGAGAUGGAGGAUUAUGGGACACUGGACGGCAUGAAGGUGGGGCUUGUGGCAACCGGAGAGUUGGGACCAUUUUCCUCCACCAAACUGGAAAUUAUAUGGCAGCCCCAUAUUCCAGGGCGAGUGGAUACAGAGUUUUUGAUCACCUUUUCUGAUCCUCUCUCUGACAGUAUCUCCAUUCAAGCCAUUGCUAAUGCCAUUGAUGUCCCUGUGUGGGUGGAGAGACAGACAGUGGACCUGAAGAUCUGUAUGUAUGACAGGCUGUAUCAGGACACCAUCAUUGUAAACAAUAGAGCAACCACUGCCUUGAGGCUGAAGUUUGAAGUAUGCAAAGAGCUGAAGAACCAUUUGGAAUUGCUGCCAAAAACAGGCUACAUUCAGGCUCAGUCAAACUUCUCAGCACAAAUGAAGUUUCUGCCAAGAAAAAGUCUGUUUGAAGAGGCUGGAAAAUAUUUUGACAAAGAGACUGGAGUUCUGGAGGCUCCCAUGAUAAUCAGAGUUGCAGAUCAGACCCAGCCAGUCCCUUUUACUGUCCAAGCUGUGCUGACCACAUCAGACAUGGAGUUUGACACCACUGAUAUAGACUUUGGAUGCUGCACCAUUUAUGAGUCAACUAAGGCUAAAAUCAAGCUAACCAACAAAUCCAUUCUUCCUCAGGAGUUCGGUUUCGUUGGCCACCCAGAGUUUGUUGAGGUACAACCAAAUGAUGGGUUUGGAACCUUAUUGCCUUUAGAAACAAUUGAUCUGGAAGUUAUAUUUAGUCCAAAGAAAGCCAAGGACUACAAGUUUGAAUUGAAUUGCAAAUCCCUCAUAAACAGGGAGUUUAAGAUCCAGUGUAAGGGUGUAGGGGUCCACCCUCCCCUGGAGAUGUCCCAUCAAGUGAUCCACUUCUCAGCCACCUCGCUGUAUGAUGUGUCAACUGCCUACUUUCAUGUCAUCAACUCGCACACAAGUACAAACGAGUUUACCCAUCCCGUGCCACGGAUUGGAAAGGGUGAGAUAGCCCCAGUGGGUCCCACUUCCUUUGAGUUUGUAGUUCCAGAAGGGUCACCCCUUACAAUAUCACCAUCUGUUGGAACUAUAGAGCCUGGCAAGAAAUGUCCUAUCUGGGUGAGAUUUGCACCUGAGUUGAAUGAACUAGACAUAAAAAAGGAAGCAGUGAGAAUGGCAACCAAAGCCCUGGAAGCUCAAGCAGAGAAAGAAUUUGAGGAGAAACUGAAGCGAGAAAGGGAGGAGGCUGACCAAGCACUGCAAAAAGCUGUGGGGAAAGGAAAAGGCAAGGAUGCAAAAUCUCCAACAAAAGGCAAAGGAAAAUCCUCCCCUGCACCCUCUCUGACUGUGUCUGGACCAAGGCCCAUAAGUCCGCCAACUCUUGAAACCAUAACUAAAGACUCCCCUGCUUAUGCUGCUGCUAAGGCCAGUCUUCUGAGGCAAUACAGAGGCAGCUUUAGAACUGUCACGAUUCCCUGCUAUGUUGCCAGUGGAAAAUGUGGAAACCCUGGGGAACUUCCAUACAGUGUCCACAACACCCUGUAUCUGGAGGUGCACUGUCCAGUGGUAAAACCGACACUGGUUGUGAUUUCAGACAAUGGAAAAUCCACCCUGGACUAUGGAGAAGUGUCCCUUGGUCAGAACAUCAUCAAGUCUGUCACCAUACAGAACAUCUCCAACAAAACCGUAGAGUUGACAUCAUCCAUACUAAAUACGGGUGGUCCAUUCCUGAUGUUGAAUGCCCUACGAGUUUUGCCACCAGAUGGGACUCAUACCAUUCUAAUAUCAUAUACUCCAGAAAAAGGAGAAGUGUUCCAUGAGGUGCUGGAGAUAAAGACAGGACACACCUCUCUCCAUAUCACCCUCACUGGUAAGGGGGUCAGCCCAAUGAUUCAGAUCAACAUGCCCAUGCAGGACGGAGUUCUAGAUAUGGGGGCAGUGCUCGCUGGGGAAUACCUGGAAAGGACUUUCAAGCUGCUGAAUUCCUCCUCUCUGUCCAUAGAUUACUGUAUCAAACUGGACAGCCUUUCUUUAGAGAGACAUAACAUAGCUCAGGCUGUUCCUGCAUUUAUACAAGCAAACAAGACCACUAAACUCAGUGUCGGAACACAGAAUAACAAUGGUCAGAAUGUGUUUGAUUUAGUGCCCGCGGAGGGUAGGGUGCCCCCUGGUAGUAGUAUUGACCUCACUGUCACGUUCGCUCCCGACCAUCCGAGUGACCAUUAUUCAGAUGGAGUCCGAAUAGAGCUGUUUGGCAAGGAAGAAACACACAAUUUUAUGAUCAAAGGAAUGGCGAAACCUAGAAUUAUGUUUGUCCAUGGUAUGGAUGAGAGGACCCCUGACAUUGAAUCCCUGGCAGAGGAAACUCCGGCCCCUACUGAGGAUGAAGAUGGUAAAUUGUUACCGACACCCAUCUUGUUCACACUAAGGAGUAUAGCCAAGGAGAAUGAUUUUAUUCCUGCCUCUCGCGACCUGUUUGUGGGCUGUGUAAGAACAAUGGCUGUCAGCCAGAAAAAGGACGGAAAAGGUGCUUCAAAACAUGGCAAUGGUGAAUUCCAGUUUGAUAAUGUACAGCUCAUCACACAAAAAGGAUUUAACAUAGAGCCACAAAAGGGAAUGGUAGAGGCAGGUGGACUUAAACCUGUCACAUUUACAUGGACGCCUCCAGCAGGCCAUGAUCCAAACACUCCAGUGGAGGCCAGUGUUAUGUUGACCUUGAAAGGAGAUGUCACGGAACAAAUUAAGGUCAUGCUACGUGCUUUCGUUGUCUCGGACUAAACAACAUUCUUAAUGUCCAGAUAGUGUGAUACAAAGUAAAUUCCUAUGUGAAACAAUUUAUAUCAAAAACUAUAUAAGUAUGAAACUAAUGUACACAUACAGGUACCUGUACUUUCAAUUGUUUUCUUGGAUUAUUCAGACUUUACUGUGAAUCUGUGAUAGUUGUCUGUUUUUACAAUGCUUGUAAAAUAUAUAAAUUAUUUGCAAAUGUAAA